AACAAAUAAACAAGAAGAAAUACUUUGUUCAUUUGUUGCCUCUCUGUUAUUAUAUUACCAUCAUUGUCAUGUUUUUUUUUUUUAAUGAUUAUUAUUAUGUUAUUAUCGUCAUCGUCGUCAGAAUAUAAUAUAUUUUAUUUUAUUUUUCAAACUUUUUCUCAUUUCAGCUCGAGUCUAGACAUCUGGCGACGCUGCAUGGAAAAUAGUAAAACGACAUCUGGCGGUAAAAGAUGGCACCAGUCAUUCGGUGAAGCUGAGACUAGUGAGACUCUGUCCACGCGGAUGGAAUGUAGCUAGAGAUCGAUACUAAUAAUUUUGAAUGCAACAGCGUAUAUACUAUACAUGUAACAAAGUGGACUCAAAUACCCAACAGACAUCGCCAGCUGAUGCUGGUCAAAUGCAAUUCGAGAUUAUGCAGCAGGAACAGCGAGCUCUAACCCCCUCCAGGACCAUUAAACUCCCAAGCCACGCGCCCAUCGCUCCAUUUUUCUGCUGCGUCUGAAGCCGCGUGCCGUUCGAGAUGGAGGAAAAGUCUGACAAGCCUAUAACCAGAAAUGGGAGUCGUCCAACGCCUUCUGGGAUUCGGCGGGCGAUUUGAAAGGAGAACAGCAGUAACGAGCUCGUCAUUAUCGUCAUCUUCCUCCUCCUCCUCCUCAUCAUUCUACAAGUCCUACAUGUCUUCUGUACUGUUUCUUACAGCCCUGCAGGGUUUCUGGAUGCCCUGGAUUCUCAUUCAUCAUCAGCCUCAAGGGGCUUCAGCUGUUUCGUGGGAAGAUUGGUGGACCUACGAAGGCAUCUCAGGACCGGCGUUUUGGGGUCUGAUCAAUCCGGAAUGGUCCAUGUGCAACCGCGGUCGCCGCCAGUCUCCCAUCAACAUCGAGCCGUCUCAGCUGCUCUUCGAUCCCAAUCUGCGGCCGCUUCACAUCGACAAGAACGCGGUGGCGGGCUAUUUGAGCAACAUGGGCCAGGGAUUGAUCUUCACGGUGGACAAUAGUAGUAAGCCGAGCAUCAACUUGACAGGAGGGCCGCUUUCUUAUAAAUAUGAGUGGCACCAGAUGGCGCUGCACUUUGGACUCAAUAAUCAGUCGGGAUCGGAGCACAUGAUCGCCGGCCGGGCCUUUCCCGCUGAACUGCAAGUUUUUGGAUUCAACACUCAACUGUACAGCACUUACAGCGAAGCGCUCGAGUCGCCGCACGGUAUCGUUGCACUCUCCGUUCUCAUCCAGAUCGGAGAUGCAUCGCUACAGACGACCGAAUUUCGGCUCUUGAUGGAACACAUAACAAAAAUCGAGCGACCUGGUCCGACAAAGAUGAAGAGAGGAUUGCUCCAACCGGGCCAAGAGCGGCCCAUGCCGGCGCUGAGUCUCAAACUGCUCUUACCACCGACAGAUUACUACAUCACGUACGAAGGGUCAGCCACGACUCCGGCGUGCCAAGAAACAUCCACAUGGAUCGUGUUCAAUCGGCCUCUUUACAUCACGGAACAACAGUUGUACGUCUUGAGGGGCUUGAAGCGGGGUUCGCCCAAUCCCAAUCACAACCAGAUCAAAUCUUCAUCUUUUUCUUCGCCGUCCUUGUCUGUGACUGGUGAUCCCAUGGGCAACAAUUACCGCCCCAUCCAACCCACUCAUCAUCGACCCGUUCGCACUAAUAUUGACUUCACUUCAUCAGAGCGAGGGGAAAAGGCCUGCGCCACGAUGCACCGAGACAUGCACUACCGAGCCAACACUUUCUGGCAACCGUGAUGCCUUGUAUCGUCUGGCGGGAGCUUUAUCGUUGUGUAAAAAAAAAGGGAAA